CAUUGUUUGGCCGGUUAUUUAUGAUUCCUCGCCCCCCGCUACCCACUGCUUCAACAUGAUUCGGGAUGAGUCUCUCAAGACGAAGAAACGUUUUUUUGAAGGCCUCUAUUCCCUUGAUUCGAUUGUCGAGGAUGACGACCUGUACGAAGAAAAUCCAGUUUCUGCGCUACUAACAACGACAAAAGAUCCUGCUAUUAGGAGUCCUCGAGCCCUUCCUAAACUCACCCGGGCUCGCACAGCCGCUACGUCGAGUGCAAGGCCCGUUUCCAGUUCGAGGGCUGCCGUUUCAAGGACCCUUUCUCUGCCCGCCCAAAAGCUUCACCCUUCCACCGUGCCUAACAGGCCUACGCCUACACUCUCGACUCCUACUGUCGUGGCUUCCUCAGCUCAGUCCAAGACGUCUCGUCCCCCGGGUCUUCACGAUUCUUCAACAUUUACUGUGACUCCCUCUUCUAGGGCUUCCGCUACCGCCACUCACUCAUCACCGCCUCUACCUGAUAUGCCAUUGGUGCAUACUCCAACGCCGACAGCCCCUCCUGAAUCCUCGAGGAUGUCUGUUGUAGGAUCUGGGGGUUCUACAAAACGAAAACGUUCCUCAAAGGCGGCCAAACAACCGACGGCUAGGGACUCUCAACUCGUUUUUUCAGACCUUGUUUUCUACUUUAUUCCAAACGAUAUCAGGAAUCCGGCGAGAAAGAUGCGAAUUCAGAAAGCUGCUGAGUUUGGCGCUUUUUGUAUCAAUGAGUGGAACGACGAGUUUAUCACUCAUGUUAUUGUCGAAAGCCAUUUCAAAUAUCUCGAUGUCCUCAAGUACCUGAAACUUGAGAAGUUACCAGAAAACAUCAUCGUUGUGAACCACGAAUAUACAGGAGACUGCCUGCAUCAUGGUCGUAUUCUUGAUCAUGCCCAGAAGAUUUACGAGGUUCACGGCCGUGCGCCCCUGUCACCACCUCAGGCUCCGGCCCCACCGCCUUGCCCUUCUAUAAACGAAACACCUUCAUCACCACAAAGUCUUCAAAUUAAGCCCUCCCGGCGGAAGAAGGCUCUAGAGAGCACUCAAACCUCUUCGCACCCGCCCUCUAGCCUCUCGAGCUCACAUCCUUUCGAAAUUGAUGCCCCGGUACCCACACGCAGCGAUUACGUAACUUCAUCUGCGCCCGAAGGGAUGGCCCCUAAAGACGACCUAGACAUGAUGAUUUAUGAAGCAAAGAAAAUAGGCCCCUUGCCGCUAGAAGACGAAGAGGAGUCGAAGAGUGUGGAGGGGAUAGAGACGACGGAUGACGAGCAGGAUUCGCUGGAGCUAGCCAAAAGGCAAAAAACCGGAAAAAAAGGCAGGAGAGGAAAGAACGAUAAACCGGGACGCUAUCUAGGGACGUUUCAGUGCCUGCAGAAAAACGAUGGGAAUCAGAUGGAGGAUAAUCCUAAUCAGAGGACUAUUGAGAUUUUAUCGGAGAUGCAGCGCUAUUAUGAAAUGCUGAAAGAUACUUGGAGGUCUCUGGGGUACCGGAAGGCUAUAGCUACUUUGAAGAAACAGGAUCAUAGGAUUAGGUUUGCUAAUGAAGCUCGAGAGCUCCCUGGAAUUGGCGACAGAAUAGCCUUAAAAAUUGAAGAAAUAGUCCGAACCGAUCGCCUCCGAAGGCUUGAUUACACAAAGAUGGAUCCUGAAGAUGAGGCAUUGAGGCUCUUCCUUGGAAUUUACGGCGUAGGUGGAGUAAAGGCUCAGAAAUGGGUAGAUGCAGGGUAUAGAACUCUGGAUGACAUAAAAGCCCAUGCACGACUCACCUCAUCUCAGCAGACUGGGAUUGAGCACUACGAAGAUUUCCAACAACGCAUCCCACGGGACGAAGUGAAGCAGCAUGGCGACAUUGCCAUGCGUGUUGCGCACGAAAUUGAUGCCGAACUAAAGCUUGAGAUUCUAGGAUCGUACAGGCGAGGUGCUAAGGACUGCGGCGACAUUGACAUCAUGAUUACCAAAGAGGGUGCGGAGGCCUAUGCAAUUACCGGUAGGAUAUCCUCCCCUAGUAUUUUUUUUGGCUUCCAAUUGUAUAUCGCAAUCCCAAGAGGCUCAGACAGCGGCACAAAGUGGCAUGGCGCAUCGAAAAUCUCCUCGGGGCCCUGGCGUCGAAUAGACUUCCUAGUAGUCCCCUGGGCAGAGCGUGGCGCGGCUCUACUAUACUUCACAGGCAACGACAUCUUCAACAGAUCCCUCCGUCUCUUAGCCUCCAAAAAGGGCUUCAGACUCAACCAGAGUGGACUGUACAAAGAUGUUUUGCGCGGAAAGGACAGAACAAAGUUCACAGAUGGAGCCCUGAUGGAGGGCGAGUCGGAAGAGAAGAUUUUCGAAAUCUUGGGCGUGCCGUACAGGCCGCCAGAGCACAGGGUUUGCUAA